AUGUGGUCUGUGAAAAGGACCAAACCAAAUGAAAUUGAGUUCGAUUUUUUAAAGGCUCGUAAAAUGGGAAAAGAUAGAGAUAGGUAUACUUUAGCAAGGGAAAAAGCUAAAAAGGCAGAGUAUACAUCCAACUUAUCAACAACACCAACCAAGCAAAAAUACAAUAAUAUGAAACCUACAUUAAAAACUAAAAAAAAAGAUAAAUGUCAACAAAAAGAAAAUAGUGUUUUAUGGAAUCCAUCUUCAAGUGAAAAUGAGAUUCUAGAGGGGAUUACACGUGUUAUUGAUGAAUCUUUCAUUGGUGUAGUCAACACAUCAUCAUCACCAUUUAAGGUUUCUGAUGCAUUUUAUGUAGAUACACAACAGUCAGCAUCCUUUUCCAAUGAACCACAAAUAUCAGCACCCAAUGGAAUACUUGAAUUUUUUCAAAAAAUGAAUCUAACCAUCAGUAAUAUAAAAUAUGAUAUUAAUUCAUUAAAUGAGAAGGUUGAUAAAAUGUAUGAUAUUAUAUUAUUGGAACCAAGUCGCUUUGAUCAUUCAUCUACAGAAAAAAAUACUGAAGAUAUAUUCCAAAUGGAACUAUCAAAUCUUCCAUUGGAAACAGAAGAUGAGCUGGAGGAAUUUGAAAAAAAACUUACAGCCAAUAAAGAAUUUAGAAUGAAACUGAUUGCAGAGCUCAAACGUUUUUCACGUAGCACAUUGCCCAGUACUGUGAGUGUUAUAUUGAGAAAAAUGUUUACAGAUGCAUUGCUUGAAAAGUUUAGCUACAAGUGUUUGAAAAAAAGAAAGUAUUCUAUACCUUGGCUACAUGUACAGUAA